AUGGGUAGGUUCAGUACUCGCGCUCCCAAUCCUGUACUCGAGAGUUUGCUCACCAAGCCUCUUAGCGAAUAUACGGACCUCGAUUACGUACCGAUCCAGGAUGUGGAACCUUAUGUCAACAGGUCCGUCGAGAUCAGAAUCAAGGAGUUAGGCAUCAACAAGCCGAAGCGACCAUGCAACCACUUCGUCCUUUACUCGAUGGCCUGUAUUCCACGGGCCGAAGAAUGGCGCGAGAGACAUUGCUCCGACUUACCAAAGGGAUCCAGGUCUUUGGCAGCCAUCAUCUCCAUCAGCUGGGCUCUUGAAUCUCCCUCGGUCAAAGCCAAGUAUAAAGUUUUUUGCCAGAUGGAACUUGAGGGCCACGGUAAGGCUUUUCCUACCUACAAGUUCGUACGCCAGCCACCUAGAAAUAAGCGUAAAAACACACGGCUUCAAAUCGCUGCGCUUGCCGCACUUCCUAACGUCCAGCAGAUUGAGAAGAAUGCCGCUAUUGUGCAACAGCCUCUGCCCACUAACGACACACAGGACCCCUCCCCGUAUUCGAGUAACCAACAGCUUCUCACCAAGCAGAGGGAGAUCACGGCGGCUGUUGCCCAGUCUCUCCCCUCUCCCAGAAUCCAGGACCCCGUCCCCUUCACCCCGUUGACUCUACAGUUUCCCGCAACCGUCCAGUCUCACCCAAAGGAGCUCUCACCACUCGUCUAUCAGCGUCUGGCCACACUCAGCGGCCGCUGCCGUGACCUCGAAGAUUUCUUGAAGCUCUGCCAGAAAUCCGAGCUCAUGCGUGGCGCCUUCUAUCCCACCGACAAGGGCCUCGACUAUCAGCUUGCUGUUCUCGAGUAUAACUCGUUCAUCGCCUCGGUUCACGACAUUCUCAAGCACCACGUCCGCGACCUUAAGCCCUACGUUCCGAGGGUCUUUGACCUCCUUUGGGAGUUCGAUGAGACAUUCGGUAUGUUCAAGGUGUCUCGAUCCACCUGGCCCAACAUGGAUUUCUCUAUGGACUUCUCCAUGCCGGUAAGUGUCAGUAACCCUACGCCCAUGCCUAUGAAUAUCGACGACUUCCAGUUGCCCUUGGGUGGUUGUGAGGACGCCCUCAGUGCUGACGUUGGCGCAGCUCCCUCCAUGGAUCUCGACCAAGAGUUGUUUGGUUUUGAGGACAACCUUGCUGCUAAUCCUGUCUUAGACCUCGACCUCCUCGACCUCCCUGUCGAAUUCUCUGAUGAAGAUCUCGAAAAGGCCCUCCAAGAGUGUACUUCUGCUAGUGCGAAAACCGCUGACAGCGAGCCUGCCGUUACGAAGCCUGCUGUCGUUAACGAACCCGCCCAGGAAGAGCCAGUGCCUCUACCUGACUUUACCACUAUUGGGGCUCUCAACGAGAAUGACCUGCUCUUGGACCAAGCGCUCUCAGAGGCGGUCGAUCAAGAGGUGGACAUAAUGGACUUUCUCAACUUCGACGAGAGCAAGUUGCCUCUUUGA